AUGAGUGACAUUAAUACGAAACAGCCGCAAAAGAAGAGGUCGUUGAGUAGCUAUCUUUCAAAUGUCAGCACAAGGCGAGAGGAGCUGGAAAAGAUAUCCAAGCAAGAGACCCCGGAAGAAGGAGACCUCGUCAGUGAGCAGAAGGGGGAGGAGCCGUUUGCGGAAAAGCCAACUGAAGUUCAAGACACUGAUGUACCAUCUGGCGCGGAUGCUGCAAGCGCUCAUGAUGUUGCUCCAGCUAUUGCUAAUCAACCGGAAGUUGCAAUUCAGCACGAUAACGCGAGCUCGCAUGGACGUGAAGUUUAUGAGGGUGGUCCUCCUGAAACAAAUGUAGAAACGAACCAACCAACACCAGCAAAUGCUUUAUCGUCAUUAGCCGAUGUACGUAAUGUCGAUAUUCAAAGCCACCAGCCUUUCUCAAGAGACCAACUGCGAGCGAUGCUGAAAGAGCCAAAGAGAAAAACAGUCGACGAUUUCAUACAGGAAGAGGGCUUGGGAGCCACUGAAGAAAACGACUUAAGCGAUGAAGUGCUAACGGAUCCAGGACCAGGCAAAGAGGGAGAUGAUAUAGAGUAUAGUAACUCCGAUAAGGAUACAGAUGAUGUGGGAAGUGAUGAUCCGACAGCACCCAAUUCUCCAGCAAAACUAGGCCGUCGUAAAUUGGUGAGGGGCGACCAACUGGAUACGAUCACAAGCGCUAUGUUUAACAACGAAUCAGAUUCUGAGCUGUCAGAUAUCGACGAUACAAAAAAUAUUGUUUUAUCCAGUAGCUUAUUCAAAGGCGGUUCUUCUCCCAUUAAGGAAGUCAACAAAAAUUUCCAUAAUAUGAAUUCUUCGCCGGCGCAGAAUGCCCAGAAGAUCUCAGUGUCUAAAACUAAUGAUGGUAGCAAAAAACCUCAUAUAGCCGUUUCCAAACGUCCUAAACAGAAAAAGGGUAUCUAUAGGGAUUCAGGCGGAAGAACAAGGCUUCAAAUUGCUUGUGAUAAGGGUAAAUUUGACGUGGUGAAAAAAAUGCUUGAAGAAGGAGGUUACGACAUUAAUGAUCAAGAUAAUGCUGGUAACACCGCUUUGCAUGAAGCAGCUUUACAAGGCCAUAUUGAAAUUGUGGAACUACUGAUAGAAAACGGUGCGGAUGUAAAUAUUAAGUCUAUCGAGAUGUUUGGUGAUACCCCCUUGAUCGAUGCAUCUGCCAAUGGUCAUUUGGAUGUCGUUAAGUAUCUUCUAAAGAAUGAUGCGGAUCCGACUAUACGUAACGCCAAAGGUUUAACUGCCUUUGAGUCUGUUGACGAUGAAUCUGAAUUUGAUGAUGAGGAAGACCAAAACAUUUUACGUGAAAUAAAGAAAAGAUUAAGCGUAGCCACCAAAAGAUGGACUCACGGCGCAGGCCUUCACAAGGACAAAUCUAUUUAUGACAACAAUAUGGACACAACAGAUCGUCCAUGUUUCGACGAUAACACUAAACCUGAAAAUAGAAAAGACAGUGAAUCCUCUCCUAUGGUCUCAAAUAUCGAUGAAAAGGCCCCAGAGGAAGAGUUUUAUUGGACUGACGUUACUUCGAGGGCGGGCAAAGAAAAACUAUUCAAGGCCUCAAAGGAGGGACAUUUACCAUAUGUUGGUACAUAUGUAGAAAACGGUGGUAAGAUAGAUUUAAGGUCCUUUUUCGAAAGUGUUAAAUGCGGCCAUGAGGAUAUCACAAGUAUCUUUUUGGCAUUUGGGUUCCCAGUCAAUCAAACGUCGAGAGAAAGUAAAACGUCUUCUCUAAUGGUAGCUGUUGGACGUGGCCACAUUGGAACUGUUAAAUUGCUAUUAGAAGCAGGGGCGGAUCCAACAAAAAGAGAUAGGAAGGGGCAUACCGCUUUGUACUAUGCCAAAAACAGCAUAAUGGGAAUAACAAAUAGUGAGGAGAUUCAAUUAAUCGAAAAAUCGAUCGAUAAUCACUCAAAAAAACAUUUGAAUGAUGAUGACGAUGAUGACGAUGAUGACGAUGAUGACAACGAGAGAAAGUAUAAUUCGGAGGCACAUGAAAAUAGGAGAGAGAAAACGCAAUCCCCUGUACCGACAGAUCAAAGAAAUACCACACCCAAGAUUGGAGGCAAAGAUGAUGAUACUGAACUACCCAACGCUACAGGUGGCGAUUCUAGUGAUGACCGCGACGCCAAGAAUGGUGCAACUUCGGAUUUAGGUAAAAGGCAUGGAGAGAACGAAAUUGAUGGUUUUCGAUAUCCUAGUGAUUGGAAACGGCGUAAGACAAUUGCCUUGCAAAAUGAAGAAAAAUCGAAGAGUGUUUCGCCACUUUCUAUGGAGCUCCAUUCCCCCAAGAAAGCUAAGCCUGUAGAAGUGAAUAAGAUUCAUGAAGAAACCGCUGCUGAAAGAGAAGCAAGACUUAAAGAAGAAGAGGAAUACAGGAAGAAAAGAUUAGAAAAGAAGAGAAAGAAAGAACAGGAACUAUUGCAAAAACUGGCUGAAGAUGAGAAGAAAAGAAUCGAAGAACAAGAGAAACAGAAGAUCUUAGAAAUGGAAAGAUUGGAAAAAGCUACUUUGGAGAAAACUAAACAAAUGGAAAGAGAGAAAGAAUUGGAGGAAAUUUCUUAUAGGCGUGCCGUAAGGGACUUAUAUCCGCUAGGUUUGAAAAUAAUUGACUUCAAUGAUAAACGCGAUUACAGAAGAUUUUUACCACUUUAUUAUUUUGUAGAUGAAAAGGACAAUAAGCUCGUGCUCGAUCUACAAAUCACAAUAUUAUUGAAGGACAUGGACAUGCUUUUAACGGAUAAUCAAUCAAUAUCCGAGAAGUUUCCUGUGGAUCCGACCCACUUGGCGCCUCUUUGGAAUAUGUUGAAGUUCAUUUUCUUAUAUGGUGGUAAUAACGACGAAAACCAAGAUAUGUCGAGGGACAAUAAAAAAUUUGUUGUGAAUUUUGACGGUGUUGAUUUAGAUACCAAGAUUGGGUACGAGUUUCUGGAAUAUAGAAAAUUUAUCAAUUUGCCUAUGGCAUGGAUUAAAUGGGAUAAAGUUGUCAUUGACGAUCCUGCAAAAAGAAGGGAAAUAGAAGAAAGUAUGGUUCAGAUAUCUAUAAGGGAGUCUAGGCAAUUGCAAAAUGAUAAAUCCAAUGAUUCGCAACCAUCAACGCGUAAAAGGCGUUGCCUGAAAGUACCUCGGGAGUUGCCAGUCAAAUUUCAACAUCGUAUGAGCAUAUCCUCCAUUCUUCAACAAACAUCCAAAGAGUCAUUUUGGUAG